AUGGUGGUGGUGGUGGUGUUUGCCAAGGUGGUUGUGGUGCUGGUGGUGGUUGUGGUUGUGGUGGUGGUGGUGGUUGUGUUUGCCAAGGUGGUUGUGGCGAUGGUGCUGGUGGAGGUCAUUGUUAUGUUGCUUGUGGGCGUGGUGUUGGUGCCCGUGUGGUGGUUAGGGAUGGCAAAUGGUGGUGGUGGUGGUGGUGGUGGUGGUGGUGAUGGUUAUGGUGAUUAUGGACGUGGUGGUAGUGGUGGUGGUGGUGGUUGUUCUGUUGGUCAUGGUGGUUGUGGUAGUGGUGGUUUUGCUGCUGGUCGUGGUGUUGGAGGUUGUCGUAGUAAUGGUUGUCAUGGUGGUGGUGUUGGUGGUUGUCAUGGUGGUGGUGGUGGUCGUCGUGGUAGUGGUGGUUUUGUGGUGGCGGUGCUGGCGGUGGUCGUGGUCGUGGUAGUAAUGGUUAUGGUAGUCGUGGUGGUGAUGAUGGGGGGGGGGUUGCCAUGGUGGUUGUGGCGAUGUGGUGGUUGUGAUGGGGAUGGUGGUGUUGGUGAUGGCCGUGGUCGUGCUGGUCAUGGUGGUUGUGGUCGUGGUAGUGGUGGUGGUGGCCGUGGUGGUGGUGGUGGUGGUCGUGAUUGUGGACGUGGUGGUAGUGGUGGUGGUGGAUUCUUGCGUGAUUUUGUGUUUUUUGUGGUUUUGCUGCAUGUUGUUAUUUUGCUGCUUGUUGUUGGCCGACUUGUGAGCGGGAGGUUCGUGAGGAUCCAGCGAAUGAGCACGCUGAAUCGCUUUGGCCGAGGAGGGAUGGAUAUGAGUGGGUGUCUGAAGGAGUCAGGACUUGCUCUUCGAAGUAUUGAUGGUCUAGGCUCCUUAAGUACUGGCUGA